AUGUCAUCGGCCACGACGACCAAGCUGAAGCGGUCGGUGCUGCAGCUGUACGCGCAGUGUCUGCGCUCGGCGCGCCGCUGUCCGCAGUGGGAGCAGCGCCAGAUGAUGACUGCGUACGUGCAGAUGAAGUUUCGCGACGAGAUGAUGACGCAGGACCCGGAUCGCGUACGGGCGCUGCUGGCGGACGGGAGGGAGGAGCUUGAGCGCAUGGACUACUACCACUCCGUCUACGAGGCCAAGCAGCGAGCGCAGCAGGCGGCAGCUGACGGAGAAUCUGCGGAGAGUGAGAAGAAGCGGCCGGCCAAUUGUCCGCAGUGCCAGGCGACCUACCCGUCAGAGCAGGCCAACUUCUGCGCCAACUGCGGAACAAAGCGACCCGAGAGCUCAUGA